CUCGUCGUUUUCUUGCAGGCAUCCUGCCGAAACAUGUAUGAAAUCAUCUAUGAAACUUCCCAACUUGCAUUGGAUCGGCUUGUGCUGGCAAGAUGACGAGCCGCAAACCGCAACAACACCCACUGCAACAGCAGCCCACGAGCGAGGACGGGAUGUGCGCGGAGCGGCUUGAGCGUGUUGGGGCGUGGAUGGAGAAGAUGGUGGUGGAAGGGAAGCUGCCGUGCGCCUGUGUGUCUGUGCUGCGCGGCAAUAAGGAGGUGUACUCCCACAUGUGUGGCUUCCGCAACGUGGAGGACAAGGUGCCCGUGACGGAGGACACGCUCUUCCGCAUCUACUCCAUGACCAAGGCCGUCACCUGCGUUGCGCUCAUGAGCCUGUACGAGGAGGGCCACUUUGAGCUCACAGACCCCGUGUCCAAGUUCAUUCCGUGCUUUUCCGACAUGAAGGUUGCCGUUGGUGGCUCUUAUCCCGACUUUGAGCUGGAGGAUGCCCGUUCCCCCAUCACCAUCCAGCAGCUCUUCACCCACACCAGCGGCCUCACUUACUGGUUCUUUGAUGACGAGCUGGGCGUGAACAAGGCUUACAAGGAGAAGAAGGUGAUGUUCAGCCCGCUGUUUCCAAACGAGCACGACGGCAUGGACCUUGAGAAGAUGUGCGAGCGGCUGGCGUCAUGUCCCCUCUUGUUCCACCCCGGCACCAAGUGGCAGUACUCCAACGCCACAGACGUCCUCGGCCGCCUUGUGGAAGUCAUUUCCGGACAGCGCCUUGACACGUUCAUGCAGGAGCGCAUCUUCACGCCACUCGACAUGCGUGACACCGCGUUCCACGUGGCUGCAGAGCAUGUGGACCGGUUCGCCCGCUGCUACACCGUUAAGCGCUCGGAGGAGGACGCCAAGAAAGGGGCGUUGCUCAGCGGCGCUGGGUUCCAGUUCCAAGGGUUUGAACGCCUGGACAACGAUGCGCUGUUCAUGUCCCCGCCCAACGUGUACGCGGGUGGCGGCGGCCUGGUCAGCACCCUUCGCGACUACACGCGCUUCUGCCGCAUGCUCCUCAACAACGGCGUGCUGGACGGUAAGCGGGUGCUCGGGCGAAAGACGGUGGAGUUUAUGAUGCUCAACCACCUCAACGGCGACAUGGCAGACUACGGCAUGCCGAGCUGGCUCAACAUGAACCGCCACGGUGUUGGCUUUGGUCUUGGCUGGGCCGUUGUUGUGGACCCUGCACGCCUUGGAGCCAUGUGCUCUGCGGGCGAGGUGGCGUGGGGUGGCAUGGCAUCCACAUUCUUCUGGAUCGACCCCAGAGAGGACAUGGCGUGUGUGUUCAUGACGCAGCUGGUCCCGUCCAGCGCCCUCCCGCUUCGCCGCACCCUCCGCUACCUCGUCAACGCCGCCAUCGAGUGAGCGUGUGUAAUUGUGAUUGUGUGAUGUGAUUGUGUGAUUGUGUGAU